CAUCGAACUGCAUAGCUUCCACACCGUCUGACACCAUCUCCCCGUCGACCACCAUGACACCAUGACCACCGCCAACGUCUCCAGCCUUCCGCGACUCUCGUCCGACAGCGACCCGGCGCUGAACGUGACCUUGACCGUGGCCGCCUCCCUGGCGCUGAUUGGCUGCGUGUCGAGCCUGGCGACGAAGGCCGUGUUCCGGUACAUCAUCCCCACCGCCUGGAAGUGCUGCCUGCUCUGCCUCGAUCUGGCGGCGCUCUCGCUCGCCCUCGGUCUGCUGCUGACUUCCUGUCACGUGGGUGGCGCAAGCAUCCAAACCUGCCAGGCUGCGGGCUUCUUCACAUUGUUCGGCCUGAUUGACCUUGUGUCGUGUCUGACCUUGACUGGCAUUACAUUCCUGCUCAUACAAAACCCAUCAAAGAUGUCGCACCUGUCCACGUUCAGAUGGAAGGUGUUCCUGGCCAUUGUUCUACCCCAGAAGCUGGUGACCCUGAUGCUGGCAGUACUUCCGGUCUCACCUAUCGACUACUUCGACCAGACCACGCCCUACCCUCUCGCAUGCUUUCCUAUCAGACAGGAAGGCGGCAAGGGGUCAACAUUCGGCGCCAUUUUGUUUUUCAUCCUGUGGGGAAUCCUGGCCAUCGCAGUCACGCUGGGCGUGGUCGUCGCCGUGAAGUUCUGGGCGGGGCCCGGCACCAGGGUGCACGCCUCAUCCCCCAGCCUCUGGCAGAUGCAGAAGAUGGAGCAGGGCCGGAGCUACCACAAGUUCACGCUGGUGGAGAUUGUCCUGGCGGUGGUGCUGAUGUUCGUCGUCACCGUGGUGGUCUACAGCAACAGGGAGUUCGCCCCCGCGCCCCAGUGGGUGGCGCUGCUGUCCCUGGCCGGCCUGGUGCUGGUCCACGUUGCCAUGGCGACCGUGCAGCUGUCCAGCUGGAGCGGGCUGUGCUGUGACCGGACGGAGCAGAAGAAGGAGCCGCAUCACCGGCUUAAGCAGCUGGAGCUCAUUAAGACUGAGGGCCCCGGUAAGCUCCGCCUUAAAGCCAGCUGGGCGGCCGGUAAGGGGGUAUGGAAGCAGGGUCUGCUCAAAGUCUACGGGCCGGAGCACAUCAAAGCCUGGGCCCAGGAGAUCGUGGUGCUGGGUCUCCUGAGGAAGUCCCACAGCGCCAGCGUGCUGCAGUGUCUGUGGACCAGCAACUCGAACCCGUACUUCGAGGCCAUGACGCUCAUCAGCGGCAACAUUGUGACCAGUGAUUCCAGACUGACUUGCCUGGAACUGACCUCUAGCGGGACCCUGCAGGACGUGUUGAAGAACAUGAGCUCACCCAUGCCUGACGAGUUCCAGAAGACGAUCAUGCGUGACAUCGCCGAGGGCUUGUCGUACCUGCACGACCAGAACGUUCUACACAGGAAUCUCACGUCUGCUGCCGUCUACCUCAAGGGGUCCGUUCAGGGUCUGGUGAUGCGGGCCGCAGUAGGAGACUUUGAAGACGCCCAAAUCUACGGCACCCUCCUGACCGGCACCCCCAACAGCAGCGUCAGCCGGAAGCGGUUUUUUUAUCCGGACAUCCGGGCCUACGCCCUCGUUGGCAUCGAGCUGCUGGGCCGUGUCUGCGAGUGCCGGCACCUGGCCACUCACUCACAGGCCAGGGCGAUGGCCAAAUCUUUCACGGCCAUCACCAUUCAACAAAACCCGAUGGCCGCCUUCCAAGAACAAAACCAGUUGGUUGAAGGGACCGUCUUUACGGGGAGGAACUCUUUUGUGCCAAAACAUUCCGCCAGUAAGGAGUUUCCGGAAUAUACGAAUCAGUUGGAGUUAUCGAAAAUAGGUUCACCCAAAACAGACCACGUGUCUGAAAAACAAGGUACACCAAAACGAAAAGAUCGAGCCAAAUCAAAUGAGAAAUCGCAGGCUGUUAAAAACGAUAUCGAUGCGAACGUAGUCGAGUACAAUAUUGAUCAAAACUGGAAGUUACAGAUGCGCGCGAGUGACGUCAGUCUAAAUUCUGAUUGGCGGAGACAGGACAAGACGGGUAGGGAGGAGAACAGAGGUUAUCACGUGACAGGUAAGCCAGGGAUUACCUUUGUUAGAGAGGCCAGAAGCAUCGCCGCGUCCAGUAGCUCGGCUUUUCGCCCGGCAAUCGAUUCUAAAGAGGAGCUGGAUUUGAUAGAGGAAGAGAUCGAGGCCAACAACAAGCGAAACACCCUCACUAGAGCCGGAAAUUAUAAACAUGGCGGCUACGUCACGUCGAAAACUCAGGACGGGCGAGAAAUUUUCAUCCCCGCCGCGUACAAGCUGAAAAAAUCCAGCGGCGCUUCCAGCUCGGGGUACGGCAGCGGCGGCGGCAGCACCCCCGUGCAGUCAGAGCACCGGGUCAGUCCCCGCUCCGAGCCCGGGCACCCUCAUAAAACACCCUCCAUGGGUGUAGUCGACAACGGCAUCGUCGAAGUCCUGCCUGGGAUGGCGUUUGACGUGUUGGAAAAAGCCAAGAGAAGCGAGCAGCUUCUGAACGAACUGCUCAAGGCUAAACAAGACGCCAGAGUGGAGAUGCUCUUGGAGAGCUACGACGAAAGAGUCAGGCGAGGCGAGCUCGGCGUCAAUGACUUACCCGCCGGCGUCAUAUUCCCGAAGAAAAACAAACCACCAGAAACCGGAUACGUUUCAAUUCCCGGCCCAGUGACGAACAUACCUCAAACAAAUGUGUACCUUCCUAACCAGGUAAUAAACAACGGUAACCCUAACGACGUCCAAGCGUUUUCGCCUUCUCCGACUAACUCAACCUCCUCUAUUGGGCAUCGCAUGCAAAGAGCACCAGUGAGCUUGGGAAAUGCCUGGAAUGCCAGGUCAUCCAUCAAGCGCACCAGAGCUCGCACGGCGCUAAAGAAAGCGCUGAAAGGACAAAGCUCUUCCGCUUUUCAAACUCUUCCAAACCGCUUGGCGAUCAGUAAUCUGACUGGGAAAGACGUCGAGCUCAAAUAUUCAAAACGGCAAGGUGUGGGUGUAAAAAGUGAAGAAACCGGUCAAAAGUUUACAAACAAUCAGGGUUUAGUGUUUGAGAAUGAGAAUAUUAGUGGUAAAAUACCGCAGCAAGUUUUACAGUAUACGGAGACUUCGGGUUUAGGUAGCGUGCAAAAAACUGUAAAUUUACAAGAUGGUAGGUCGACACUUCAAUCCAGUAAAAAACAAUCCGUCAAAACCCGACCCGCGCCGCCACCCCCCUCUGUCCCGCCUUUUGAGUCUACCUUCGCGAAAACCCUCGGCAAGUUCUCCAGCUUCAGCAGCUGCGAUACGGACCCCCACAGCUCCCCACGAGCCGGGGACGAGUCCUCCACCACGGUGGAUCCUGCCUCCACCGAGACGGAAUCCUCAGCGCGAACCAGCAGUUACUCCCGCAGUCAAACCAACGUGGAGAAAAUCGAAUCCGACAUGAACGAGAUCAUACACAGCAACAUCUCCGCGGAGAAGGAAGAUCUUCCCCCGGGGGUCAAACUCGUCGACAGCGGGUUCGACACGGCCUCCGUCUCCAGCGAGGAAUCCUGCCUCUGCGCGGCCGCCGCCUUGCAAGUCGCGGAAGACGGUUCCUCUUCCGUCCCGUCCGAGGCGUUCUCUCAAGGCACCUGUAGCUGCGCCUGCUCCAACUGCCUGGGCAGCGCGCAACGCUUCAACAACGGUUCCAGCUGGACCGGAAGUCAGGACUCCGAAAGCUGGAGCAACAGUAAUUCUUUUUCGUCCUACGACGCCAACAUGCACCGGAGGAAACUGCCUAGAAAACGUGAGCACCAAGACACAGGUGGGUGUGUACUCGCCCCCGACGAGCAGUACCCCUGCCACACCCACCGGGCGAAGACCGGAAACUCUACUGCCUUCCCCGGAAGAAUCCUCUACUCCCCGAAACGAAACCAUCGAAAAAUUUCCCACACAAGGGGACAUUACCCGAGUAGCUCCAGUGAGACGAGUAGCGCCGCUUCACGAAAAUAUAGAGAACUUUUAAAAAAAGGAGUUCCGCUUCGGGUUUCUGUCAUUCACGGCGACACAGACACCCCUAAAGAUAACGGUACUAUCACCAGUCUCAAAAACAAUUCCAUAAUCGACGUAGCUUCUAAAGACGGCGCCCUCACAACUAACCAUAGUAUUCGACAACAGGCUAACACGGGCUCUGAGAGCCAGAAACUUCUCCCCCCGGGGUCGUGGGUCAACAACUCGGGAUCCCCCUCCUCGGGACACCCCAGCGAAGACGACGACGACGACGAUGAAAGGUACAACCAGCUGACCCCUAUCCCGUCGUUAGAGGACAUCAUGAAGGAGAUACCCGAUGAAACGGGGAGAUACCCGGAUGAGACCCGCGCCUUCCUCAACCGUCCGGACUCAGAACUCUCCCUCAAAGCCUUGCAGGCGGUGCUCUCGCGACACGGCUCGUCCACGGAGGUCAAACCCACCCAACCCAACGAGCUGAUGAUUGACCGGAUCUUCAACCACCAAGGACCCCCCGACAACAUGGCUUCGAACUUUGGACUCCGAGGCUCGCAAAACCUGGACGAAUCUGCCAUCCGGGAGGUUGCGGCGCUGCCGGGUCACGAACCGGACGAUACCGUGCCGGCGGAUAUUGCCGGAUUGCUUUCCGGGAUGGACGGAAGACACAUCCGGUACUGUCAUAGCAUCAGCUCGAGGGUGGGGCUGGUGAGGAUGAGUGACCUACUUCCGGCUAACGGGCAGACGUUUGAAAAGCUGGCAACCCGGUUGGAGAAUACGGGCAUCAUCAGUUCUACUGGCAACCAGAUCCUGGAGCUGAUGAAGUCCUGUUGGCUGAGUGACGUGCCCCCCACCCCCUCACUCAUCCUUGACCAGCUCAAGGUCAACAUCAUCGAGACAGAGCUGUGAUUGACCCCUCAAGGUCAACAUCAUCGAGACUGAACUAUGAUUGACCCGCUCAAUGUCAAGGUCAUCGAGACAGAACUAUGAUUGACCCCUCAAGGUCACCGAGACAGAACUAUGAUUGGCCCCUUAAAAUCAAAAUCAUCUAUACGUAAUUGUGACUGAUCCUAAAGGUUAAGAUCAUCGACACUCAACUGUGAUUGACCCCUCAAGGUCAUCAUCGAGGCUGAACUGUGAUUGACCCUUCAAGGUCAUCGAGACUGCACUGUGAUUGGCCACUAAAUGUCAACAUCAUCAUGACUAAACUAUGAUCGACCCCAAGAGGUCAACAUCACCAUGACUCACCUGUGAGUGACCAUCACCUGCCACUACUUAAGCCACACAAAACCUCAAGGACCUCAAAAAAAACGACAAGAACUGGUACACAUCAAGAAUCAAGUCUUAUCAACAACUCAUGUGGCUACUGUAUCGUGUAACUACGAGAAAGUAAACAUCAUUUACGACAGACAUAAUAUAUAUCUAAUCUAACUGUUGACAAUUCAAGAUUUUCGAUAGGAGACUCUUUUAUCACACGCCUUCAAUAUUAAUGAAAGUAACCAUUAAUAAUAUUUUGUCUCUUCGAGUGGGCAGACAACUAUGCAAACCGCGAAGGUGUAAUAUCUACUAGUUAUGUCCCCUUACUGUAAUUCCAAACUUUUGUAAAUAUAUACGCAUAAAUAUAAAUGUAAUAUGUAUGUAAAAAUGUUUGUCUUUGUGUAUUAUGUAUGAGGAGAAUUGUAUGUAUAUUUUUUUACUUCAAAGUUAAAUGUAUUCAAACGAUUACAAAUUUUUACUAGCCUACAGCUAAAGAUGUGUUUAGUAUGUUACAUUUGUUACAUUUUAAAAAUGUUUCGUUACCGACGAUUAAAAAUUGUAUCCUUUUUUAGGUUUAGAGUUAUUUGUUUACCUCAUUUUUUAAAGAUGACUGCUCUACCUGAAUUAAAGUCACAUGUUUAUAAAUAAAGUUUAUGUUUACAGUCAGUCUCCUUUGCUUAAGUCUGUGAACAUAACUAUGUGAAUAUAUCUAUGUGGUGUGUAU